UUACCUCGCACUUGAUAAACAGCCACUUGUUAUCAACCGAGACAUCGAACAUCGAAUAUCGAACAUCGAUCUUCGACAUCGAUACCGACAUUGACGGCCUCUGUCCGCGCGUGUCAAAAUGGCUCUCGACCAGUACACCUACAUCUUCGCCAUUGGCACCCUGUUUGCCAUGCUCGAUGCCUUCAACAAUGGUGCUAAUGAUGUCGCAAAUUCUUGGGCCACCAGUGUCUCGUCGAGAUCCAUCUCGUACAGACAAGCCAUGAUAUUCGGUACCGUAUUCGAAAUGCUCGGAGCCAUCACGGUCGGUGCUCGUACGGCCGAUACCAUCAAGAAUGGAAUCAUCCCAUACACAGCUUUCGGAGGAAAUGCCGGUGUUCAGAUGCUGGCUUUCACUUGUGCUUUAGCCGCCGCUUCGUCUUGGGUUAUGUGGUGUACACGACACUCGGCUCACGUAUCAUCCACUUACUCGCUUAUCUCCGCUGUUGCUGGCGUCGGUGUCGCAACCGUCGGCGCCUCGCAUGUCCAAUGGGGCUGGAACGACGGCAAGGGUCUCGGUGCUAUAUUUGCUGGCCUUGGGAUGGCACCCGUCAUCGCUGGAGGUUUCGGUGCUGCAUUCUUCAUGCUCAUCAAACUCGUCGUUCACAUUCGCAAGAACCCGAUUCCAUGGGCUGUUUAUACUUCUCCUUUCUUCUUCCUCGUCGCUGGUACCGUUUGUACCUUAUCUAUCGUGUAUAAGGGUUCUCCCAGCCUCAACUUAAACAAGAAGCCUGGCUGGUAUGUCGCCGCGGUUACAAUGGGCUGUGGCGGCGGCGUUGCCAUUCUCUCGGCUCUUUUCUUUGUCCCCUUCGUGCAUUCGAAGGUUAUCAAGAAGGAUCACACGGUCAAGUGGUGGAUGUUCCUACAGGGCCCUCUCUUGUUCAAGCGCCCCGCUCCCGAGAAUUCCGAGAUUGCCAACGUUCCCAACUACGCUGUCGUGCAGGAUGAUGAAGAGGAACACGCUUCCACCCGCUCCGAAUCUAUCUCCGAGCACCCGCCUACUUCGAGCUCUAACGAGAACGAAAAGAACCUGACUAAAAUCGAGGCCAAGCAGGCCACCUACAAGGAAGUUGUUGCUCAGGGCGAAAACAAGUUAAACAAGAAGCUUCUCAACAGCCGCGGUCCUAUGGGCUGGGCCAUGCGCACGCUCCGCGACAAUCCCAUGGGUGCCGGUGAAAUCUACGAACUCCACAACAUCAAGAUCCUCAUCAAGCGCAUCCCCGCCGUUAUCACCAGCGGAUUGCUUUACGGUCUUCACUACGACAUCCACGCUGCGCAGUCUGGUAUCUCCGGCACUCCCGAGGGUAAGCGUAUGCAGCGUGUCUACGCCCAUGCGGAGAAGUACCCUAACGAGGUCGAGCACACGUAUUCCUUCAUCCAGAUCCUCACCGCCUGCACCGCCUCGUUCGCCCACGGCGCCAACGAUAUCGGAAACUCCGUCGGACCUUGGGCCGUUAUCUACUCGGCGUGGUCAACCGGCAACGCUGCGGAAUCCAAGGCACCGGUUCCCAUUUGGCAACUUGCCGUCCUGUCUGCGAUGAUCUCUAUCGGACUUAUCACCUACGGCUACAACAUCAUGAAGGUCAUGGGCAACAAGAUCACGUACCACUCUCCCAGCCGAGGCUGCUCCAUGGAGAUGGGCGCCGCCAUCACAGUCCUUGUCUUCUCCCAGUACUCCCUGCCCGUGUCUACCUCGAUGUGCAUCACGGGCGCCACCGUCGGCGUCGGUCUCUGCAACGGCACGAUAAAGGCCGUUAACUUCCAGCGUGUCGGGCUGCUGCUCCUCUCGUGGAUCGCCACGAUUCCCAUCGCCGGUACCCUCGGUGGCGUACUGAUGGGUCUGUUUAUCAACGCGCCUCACUUCCUCCAAUCGGCAUAGAAUAUAAUGCCCUAAAGCGGUUCUUUUUUGAAUAUUUUCUUUUGAUAUAGUAAUGAUAUCUUUGUUGUACGGAUGUAGCAUGGCAGAUACCAAAUAGAGUAGGUAGGGAUGGGGAUAAAAAGUACUGGGUUACUUUUGCAUGUUUAUACGACGGGAGAGAUGAAUGAGGACCAGCUCAAUGGGCAGGGUCGUGGCUAUAAGAGAAGAGAUUUCCUUGCUUGGGAUGUCUAUGAAUAAAGACUAAAAUUCUGAAUAAUUCGACUGGCUUGAAAGAAGUAUUUUGUUUUGUUGGUACGUGCGA